AUGUGGUCCUCAGAUUCACUUCAACAACUACAAACCUAUGAGUUCAUCCUUGGUUCCUCGUCCCCUAGAAGAGCCGAAAUCCUUAACUCAAAUAUCGGUGUUACGAAAUACACUAUCAUGACAUCCUCAUUUGAGGAAAACCUACCCAAAAGCAAAAUCUCCGAUGUGGAGUAUGUGACCUCCACUGCACAGCACAAAAUCCCGAGUAUUAUUUCACAGCUAGAAACAAGCAAAGACUAUGUGUUGUUGGUUGCAGAUACCAUAGUAUCUUGUGGGGGUAAAGUGUUUGAGAAGCCUGUAUCGCCAGAAGACCAGUGGGCCAUGCUUUCACACUACCGCAAUCAUUUCUCCGAUAUAAGGGUAAUCACUGCAGUGCAUGUGUGCCGCGUAUCUGGUGGUCAAAUUGUGUGUCAUGAAUUUGGGCAUGAGAUAACCGCCUUGGAAUUUGAUGCUAAGCUUACAGAUCUGCAGUUGCAUUAUUACAUUGCGACUGGUGAAGGCUCUAAUGUCGCUGGAGGUUUCAAGUACCAGGAAAAGGGAAGCAUGCUUUUUGUUGGCCUAAGCGGUGAUUAUUUCAAUGUUGUCGGACUCCCCGUCAAAAAAACACAUUCCCUUUUGACGAAGGUUUUGUAG